AUGGAGGUAGCUCAUUGGUUCGUAUUGAACAAUUGUGAUGAGAUAAUAGCAUACUUAGAUGAGCAUGAAGAGAUGAUGAAGCGAGAACAUCCAUCACAUUUGUAUGCCAAGAAACACCGUGAAUUGUUUCCACAAUGGUUUUUGGAUUCUGUGAAUAAGUUGAAAUCAUCGAAUUCCCCCACUUACAGUGAUGAGUUAUAUAACUUGGCAUUCGGCCCGAUUCGCGCUGAAUUGUUCUCGUGUUGCCAUGUUAACGACAUCAAGUUUUUGGGGACUGCACGAGAUGACAAGCUGUGUAUGCAAAACAGCAGUGUCCAUGUCCCAAGUGGAGGUGAAAGUACGGACAUUGAUUUCUAUGGCAAACUCACAACUGUCGUGCAAUUGCUUUACAAAGACCGAUACCAAGGAAGUGUUAAAAUUGACCAUGGCUUACUAUCUGUGAACAUUAACAGAACUUGGUAUGAUGACGACCCUCACAUUUUGGCAAACAUGGCAACACAGAUUGUGUAUCUAGAUGACCCUAAAGCCGGAAGCGGUUGGAAAGUUGUUCAGAAGAUGGAUCAUAGGAACAUGUAUGCUAUACCAGAACUAGACCCAAUUGACAACAACGUCGACAACGUGGCUGAUCAACGUUUAGAAUCUUCAAUGGAAAAUGAUGCGGAACUCUUCGAGAUACAAAUGUGUAUCUAUAUGUCCAGCGAUGACGUUGUAAAUAGUUUACACCGUCAUCCAUAA